UCCAUCGCUUUUUGCGGCUGAAGGAGUUUAGGGUUUAUUUUUACGGCUUUAUUUGUUUGAAAGGAAUCUCUUUCGAAGAAUCUUGCUCUUUAUUUCUUUUGCCAUGUCUAUUUUGUGGAAGCAAUAGAGUUUUCCGAGUUUAAAGUUUAAACGCUGAGAUCGUAAAUUUUUGAAUUUCUUCAGUUUAAAAUGGAUUCGCAACAGGAAGUUUCUUCUACAAUGGCAGAGGACUCCGAAGUUUUCAUCGAAAUUGAAGUGUCGCAGCCGCACAAUAAUGGAAUAUCUUUAGCUGAAGCUGCCAAUGCUCUCAUCACUUUACAAGUGCCCUCAAAGGAUUCUGCACCUCCAACAUCUAUUUCCUCUACCAAAACUGGAGAUAACGACAGCAGUAAGCUUGUAAUACCAGAAGGUAAUAACCCUAAAGAUGUCAGAAAAAAGAUCUUGGAAGGCAUGAAGUCUCAGUUCAACACCAGUGCUGAGGAAGAAGCUGGAUGUGAGCAAUCAAACAGAAGAGGACCCCACCGAUCAAAAUCAAAGUUCAAGCGUCAGAACUUUGAAAAUGAAGAAGAUUCAACAGAAGCACCCAUAAAAUCAGAAACUCCGAAGAACUCCAGAGGAAGAGGAAGGCCUCCCAGAGUACCACAAAUAGAUAAACUCCAGCAGACAACAACUGACACAACUAAAAUUGAUGCUGAGACUAUUAGAAUUGAAAUGGACUCUAGCAGUGAAGCUGGUUCAGAAAGAAGUGAUUCAGCAGCAGGAGCUACAGGCAUCAUAACUACAAGAAGAUCUCAAAGAACCAAUAUUAGCCGAACGUCUGCUACAGAUCUGCUGAAAGGCCUCUCCGAAACCCGGCCUAUCAAGAAGGCCAUGUUACCAUCAGAAUCUGAAUUAGUUAAACCUAUGGAUCUUCCAAGAAAACGUGGUAGACCCUGCAAAGGAACAGUUCUAAUCGAAGCAAACAAGAGUGAAAAAAUCACAGUAGAAGCUAUGGAAGAACCUGUUGUGGAGGAUGUCUCCAAAGUGGAACAUAUGGCCUCACUGGGACUGCAAAGUAAAUCAAGCCCAGAAACUGUCGUUCAUCAGUCCGAAAUAGUUUCUUGUAUGAAUCCUACUAAUCUCUUAGGUUUAGAAUCACGGCCGGCAAGUAAAAAAUUGCGAACUGACGGGUUAGAAACCAAAGAUAUAUCUACUCCUGAAAAAGAACCAUUGCACACUUCUUCUAAUCUGGAUGACUCAUUUUCGUGUGACAAUCUUGCUCUAGACACAUCAGGUCAGAUCUCCGUCAGCAAUGGAUCUUUGACAGAUGAAUCCGUUCUAGUCGCUAAUUCUCUGGAGAAUGAAGUUGAAUUAUCUAUUGUUGAAGAACAAGUGAAGCCAGUAACUAAUGGUCAUAAUCCACUGCAAAUUAACGAAACUAUUUCUUUGCUAGUUGAAAAAGCAAUUAAUUAUGUAUGUUCUUGUGUGGAAAGUCAUCCUCCAAUAGCCACUGUUCCUCCAGCAGCCACUCUUUAUUGCCAAGCUGUUGACUCGGUAGGAGGAAAACUAGUCGGCUGCUGUUUGGUGGCUAAUCGAAAACGUUUUUAUCGGCCGUCCAAGAAGAUACCGUUUAUGAUCCUUUGCGAUUCACACAGGGAUCGCAUUCGGAAGCACUUUUGCUGUCCCGGCUGUGGUCUGUUUUGCACUCAGGGAGCCUUCCUCCAGUGUAGAGCAUCGGAAGAUUCAAAUCACUUUUUUCAUGCCGACUGCCAACGACCUGGUCAAAAGAAGGCGUGCUUACACUGCCAGCGGGAUUCAGCUGUUACCGAAAUUCGCUUGCAGAUGAAAACCUGUGCAGUACCCGUGUUCUGUAAUGAUGCGAAACUGCUAAAAACAAUACCCACUGCAAAGAUAUCUCGCUUACCCUCGCGUGUUGUACCAAGUAUCACUUCGGAAAUGCCCUGCCCCCGCUAUCUGUCCUCUCAGCUUGUCUUACCGUCCGGCAAAGUAAUCGAUUCUAAUGGUGUUCCUCCAUCCCUUAACAAUGAGAUGUUACAGCGCAUUUUAAAGUCAUUCGAAAAUUCUGGCAAAAGUUCGUCAAGCAACAAGAGUCUUUACGUAGCGGCUAAAACCGGCGAUAUCGAACGAGUGGUUGAGUGUUUAAGGCAAGGUCAUAACGUGAAUAUGACGUACCAGGAUGCAGACGGCCAAACAGCACUUCACGCCGCUGCUUAUGGCGGUCAUUUGGCAUUGGUCCACAUCAUUUUGCAAAGCGGAGCGGCACUUGACAAGUUAGAUCAGUCGCAAAAUACACCUUUAAGCUUGGCUUUGAUUCAAGGUCACAAUGAAACUGUCAAAUAUCUAGCCAUGGCUGGGUCUUGUUCAUCGCUCAAGGGAGAAGGAGGGAUGACUGCGCUUCACUUAGCAUGCAAAAAUGGCAAUCUAGAAGCUUGCCAUUACAUCAUGACAAUCGGAAAUGGCAAAAAUUUCAUCAACGUUCAAGACGAUGGAGGAUGGACACCACUAGUCUGGGGUUGUGAACAUCGACGAGUAGACAUAGUCAAAUACUUACUUCAAUGUAAGGCAAAUCCUAAUGUGCGAGACGCGGAGCAGAACGUUGCUUUGCACUGGGCUGCUUUCUCUGGAUCCGUUGAUAUUGUUGCCCUUCUACUUGACCAAGGAUGUGAAGUGAAUGCUGCCAACGUUCAUGGCGACACUCCACUGCACACGGCAAGUCGUCGAGAUAACUGUGAAUGCGCCUUGCUCCUGAUACAUAGAGGCGGGCGUUUCGAUCUAAGGAAUAAAGAGAAUCAAUUAGCUUUAGAGGUUUGUCCUGAUAAGCGGUGUGACUCGGCUUUAUUGUUGACGGUCAAUAUGAAACUUCAGCCAUUUACUCAAACGCCGUAUUGUGACUCUGAAAAAUUCCUCUCAAACGACAUCACUAAAGGGAAAGAGGCCAACCCGAUUCAGUGUGUAAAUGGAUUUGACGAUGAGCCUAAGCCUAACGACUUUAUCUACAUCACAGAAAACUGCUUCACGAGUCCACUACAUGUCGACAGAACCAUCAACUCGCUAACGUUUUGCGAAUGUGUUGGUGACUGCUCAACCAACUGUAACUGUUCUAGUCUCAGCUUUCGUUGCUGGUACGACGAAGAAGGCAAACUGGUGCCCGACUUUAAUUUCGCAGAUCCGCCAAUGUUGUUCGAAUGCAAUCGUGCAUGUCAGUGUCAUCGGGGAUCGUGCAACAACCGUUUAGUUCAACAUGGAAUUACCUCGCGUUUAGUUCUUUUCCGCAUCGAAAACAAAGGUUGGGGCGUCCGAACAGCUCAACCCAUUCCUAUGGGAUCCUACGUCUGCGAAUACAUUGGCGAAAUCAUCACAGACUUUGAAGCUGAUCAACGUGAGGAUGAUUCAUAUCUUUUCGAUCUGGAUAACAAGGACGGAGAAACUUACUGCAUCGACGCCCGCCGUUAUGGCAAUAUAGCCCGCUUCAUCAACCACUCUUGUGAACCUAACUUAAUUCCGGUAAAAGUUUUUGUCGACCACCAGGAUUUGAAGUUUCCGCGCAUCGCAUUCUUCGCCGUCCGAGAUAUUGAAGCCAAUGAAGAGCUGGCUUUUGAUUAUGGUGACAAAUUUUGGAUUAUCAAAUAUAAGUCAUUCACGUGUUCGUGCCAAUCGCCGAAAUGCAAGUACUCGCAGUUGACGAUUCACCGAACAGUAGAAGAAUAUCGGCGUAGCCUGCAACUUCAAGAACUCGAAAAUGGCUACCAGCACUCCCAACGUUAGUAAUAAAAAAACAAAUUUCUAGUUGCUGCCAACUUAUGCAUGCGCUCUCCCAAAUGCCAUUCAUUAUUACUCUUCCCGUUAUACUUUGUCUUACCUUCGUUCAAAGUUUUACAUAAUGAACUAUUGUUGACUUGCAAUAUGCCAUUUGGAUUCAACACUACUCAAAAUUUUGCCACCUACUCCCCACUUCCAUUUGUGCUCUAUCAUACCUGCAAGUUGGUUUUUAUUACCUACGAAACGUUAAUGAACUCAAUUUGGUAAUGUUGAAGAAAAGAAACGAUUGUUUACCGUUCCCUCACCUACUUAAUUUUUAAUCACCAUGAUUACGUCGUAAUGAACUUGUUGUUGACAAGCAACUUUAGGAAUGAAAUGAUCCCCUGCUAAACAAGUGCGUGUAGAAAAAAAUCCUUGUAGCUACGCGUUGAUCAGUAUGUGCAAUUUGUUUUUUCCUAGUCCCAUGUUUUUUUUUUCCUAUAGCUGUCCUACGUCUUAUCAAUGUUAAUGGUAGCUCCACUUUACAUGGGUAACACUAUUCGAUUCAAAUGACUUGUGGGUGCAUCGUGCAUCAUCUCUUCUGUAAAUAAAUCUCACCUGAAUGUAUGUUCAAGUCUCGUCUCGCAUUUUCCUCCCUUGUACUUGUCAAUUUUUCUUGGCAAAAUAUACCUCGUUUUGCGUA